AUGCGAUUCGACACUUGGAAAGCUGUCGAAGUGACGAAUGCGUUUUUGGGGGCUUUAUACGCCUUGAAAUGGGCUCAUUCAAGCGCUUUCAAUCCAGGUUUCUAUUUAUUUCAAGCUCUAUUUUUUUUUACAAUUGUUACUCGUGCUUUUUCCUGUAUAUUUUAAUUUUAAGAUCAUCAGUCGCUGGUUGAAAUUGAUUCGGAAAUCAGCACGAUUUCGCGAAAUGAGAAAACUUCGUCGGCUUCUUUUGCAUCGGCUGCGGAGGUACUUCUUGAACGAUUUUGUUUGAAAAUGAAACAUUUUCAGGUGUUGUACUUCAACGGAGAGUUGAACAAGGCGAAGCAACUUCUCGACACGGCCCUAAGAACGGAAAAAAAGACCCGAAAGUUCUUUCCUUUUUUUAAUAUUAAUUUUUUUGAAAGAAAGAUUUCAGUAUUAUUGUCUCAUGGGUUGGAUCGAUUUGGCUCUGGGUAGAGACCAAAAAUCAACACAGAAAUUGUUCGAGAAGGCCUCGACGAUGGGUUUUCAGGACGGGUUGGUGAUUAUUUUGACCUUUUUAUCAUCUAAAUAAUAAAUUUUUUUAAUAUUUGCUUCGAAAAUUUGAAUUUCUGUCUUGAGUCAAUUAUUUUUUUGACCUUUUCAUGAAUUUUUCCCCUGAGCUAUUAUUAAAAAAAGGCAAUUUACCCCGGUCUGAAUCGAAAAUUCGUUAUGAAACUUUUUUAAACUUGACAAGAAAGGAUUCCUGUUUCUUUAUGAAUUCAAAUCGAAAUGCGAAAAAUUUUGAUCGUUUCGUGUUUGGGUUUGCUGGCUCUUAAGAUGAGAAAAAAAAUUUCUCUAUCAAAUGAAAGCUAACCUUUCAGAUGAAGUUCAUAAAAAGGAAAAAAAAUAUUUAUUUUUUUGAGGUACAUUGGCCGCUGCCGCCUACUGGAAGGCCACCAUUCCGGCGGCGAAAUGGCCGUCGUGGCCAAGGUUUGCAGAACAAAAAUUGGUGUUGAAAAGGAUAUUUUCAUUUUUGGAGGGUACUGUAUUCGAAAGUCAGCAUUCCGAGUUGCUCACUUUCUCUAAAAAAAAAAGUGCACCCCGCAGUGUAAAGGGUGCACCCCGUUUCGCUUUGAAUGUCUAGUAGGCGAUUUUGAAAUGAUUCAAUUCUCUAGAGUACAUUUUUUCAUAGUUUCAUAGUGACGAUACCUCAAAGAACACUUUUUUUGGCCGAUCGCCCCGCUGAUUAAAUACUAAGAAAAUUUUAGAAGCUACGGAGGUACCCUAAACGAUUUGGGUCCCUCUAGGGGCUAAAUAUUUUUAAAAGUUUGUUUAAGAAGCGUUGUUCGAAAGAAUUAGGGAUGAAAAUGAGUAAGAAAAUUCCAGUGAACCGUUGUUUCUGCCCCCUAUAGGGGUACCUUUCAAUUAACCCCUAUAAGGGUCCCUAAAAUAUCAGGUUUCCAAUAAUUCGUGUCCGAAAAAUUUUUUUCAAACUUUGUUGAAGGGGGCAGGGCGCUCCAGGGCCCCUGUCUGUUCAGCAGCUCUGGUGUACUCCAUUCAGGUCCAACGCAGGCUGCACCGAAAACAUCAACGAAAAAUUCACUUUUUUUGCGCGUUGAAUUCUCAUUUUUGUUCGAAUAUUUUUAAUAGAAUAUUUGCCGGGAGGAAUGACAUCUGAAGUUAGAAGAAAAGCUUUCAUCGUUUCCUGAAACGUAACUUGUCCUUGCAACUUUUUUCAUUUCUAAUGCCGUCUUCAAAGUCAUUCCGCGAAAUAGCCGUCAGAGAAAUGAGAAGAUUGUUAUAUUUUUGGAGGCUCUUGCAUUUCGCGGAAAUUACUUUGAACACGGCGUACGUUUAUUUUUAUAAAAAAGUUUUUCUAGUCGUUUUCUACAGAAAAGACAAAAAUAAAACUUCUUGAUUUUGGAAAAGUCGUGUCCGCCUUUUGGGCGCUUAUGGCAAGGCAGGCAGGGCGGCCAGUGGACUGCCACCUCUGGCUAGAGCUUUAUGUCUAAACUGUUGUUGCUUGACGUUUCCGAGUGCGCCAUCCUGUUUUUUUUUUCAACUUUCAAAAAUGGAUCAUAACCACAGAAAACGGUGGAAAUACACCAUCGCUCCAUCAAUAAAAAAUAAAAUCGACAAUCGGAGAAGGAUUUAAAUUAAAAAACGCGGAUACCUCACAAAAGGCCGUGAAACAAAAGUGCAAACACCAAAAUGGAACAACUAGAAAUGCGGACUUUCACGUACAGUAACCUUCGUAAAAGGAAAACUCGCUUGUGGUAGAUAUUUGAUUUAUGGCUGGCUUGAGUCAACGAAAAAAAGGGUCCCGACACGAUAAAAAAAAGAGAUAGUGCACGGUUACAUGCCACGCCUCUUUGGAUCCCAAAAUAGCCGUGAACCGACUAUAAACUGUUCACAUUUUGAAUUUCAAGUCAUAACCCAAGCUCCGCCCCUAAUGGCGCGAUAAACCAAUCAGAGAGUGAACCAUCCACAGAGCAUUUUUGAAUGACGUCAUUCUACUUUACAUUUAAAAUCUGACUCACGACUAGCUAUAGCCAUAGAAAAAAGGGUCUUGACACGAUUUAAAAAAAAGAGAUAGUGCCUGUUUGGUGGAGAGUGCAGACAAGCUAUAGCUGAUUCACGGCCAGCUUGGAACGCUAAGGGAGCGUGUCCUGUCUGCGCUCUCCGCGAGCCAGGCGCUAUCUCGUGCAUUAUCGGGUCAGGACCCUUUUUCGAUGGCGCAAGCCAGCCGUGAAUCAGUUAUAGCCAUGAAUCAAUUGUAGCACCUAAAAAUAUGGGGAGGAAAUUCAAUGAAAAUAAUUUUGAGGAACUCACAAUCACGAGCUACCAAUUCGUUCCCGGGUACAUUGAACGUUGCAAAGCGGCUCUUCUGAUGCGAGAAUGGGCCGUCGCGAUGGAAUCUCUCGAGAAUUCGGAAGUCAACGAUGUAAGGAUUGAAAAUUAAUUCAGAAAAUCAGGAAAAGCGGAAAGAAUCAUACAAAAACUAUAUAGAAAAAAAAAGUCUCAAACUGACGAUGGGUCCAUUUUUUACAAUUCUUUAGGAUUUUUGAACAAUUUCCAAGCUUUCUGGAUGAAUAAUAACUCAGAAGAAUGAGUCUUUUUUUGAAAUAAAAACUCACCCUGACAUCCAGAUAGAUUUUUAAAUCAAAAAUGACUUUUUAUGAACCUUUUUCCAAUUUUUUUCAAAAUGAGACAAACUUUCAGUCAAGCAAUCCGUACAUUGAACUAUUCCGAACAACUCACGCGAUUUGUUUCGCCGGCUAUAAUGGAAGCCUCACUUCCAGCUUGAAAACUCUUCAGGUGAGUCUUCUAGGGAAAGCGAGAGGGGUCCCUAGAGUGGCCACCUGAGGGACUUUCGUAGGUCUCCGUGAAAUCUCUUGGGAACGCUAGAAGGGUCUUUAAAGUGGUAAUUUUAGAGGCUUUUGUGGGUCCUCUUCCAGGAGCCAUCGUGGAUUUUCUUAAAAACGCUAGAGUGGUCCCUAGAGCGGCCUAGAGGCUAACGUGAAUAAUCUUAGGAACGCCAAAGGGUCCCCUAAAGGGGUAACCUUGGAGGCUUUUGUAGGUUUCCAUCAAGGGGCUACCGUGACUUUUCUAAGGAGAGCCAGAAGAGUUCCUAAAGUGGCGACCUCAAAGGAUUUUGUGGGUUCCCCUCAUGGAAUUUCUGUAAAUUUCCUUAGGAACGCUAGAAGGGUCUUUAAAGUGGCAACACUAGGGGCUUUUGUAGAUCCCCAUCAAGGGACUACCGUGCACAUUCUAAGGGGCGCUAGAGAGGUCCUUACUAGUUAGAGUGGUAAUUUUCUUAGGAACGGUACAAGGAGCCCUAAUGUGGCCACUUUAGGGAUUCUUGUAGGCUCCCUUCUAGGGGCUAUCGUGACUUUUCUAAGAAGAGCCAGAAGGGUCCCUAAAGUGGCGACCUUAGGGGCUUUCGUAGGUUCCCUUCAAGGGAUUACUGUGAAUAAUCUUAAGAACGCCAGAGUGGUCCCUAGAGUGGCAAUACUAGGGGCUUUUGUAGGUCCCCUUCAAAGAGCUAUCGUACCGUGAAUAUUCUUAGGAACGGUACAGGGAUCCCUAAUGUGGCCACUUUAGGGACUAUUGUAGGUUCCCUUCUAGGGGUCACCAUUCUAAGGAGAGCCAGAGUGGUCCCUAGAGUGGCGGCCUUUGAGCCUUUUCAGGUCCUCUUCAAGGGACUACCGUGCACAUUCUUAGGGACGCCAAAGAGGUCCCUAAAGUGGCCACCUUAGUGACUCUUGUAGGAGCUUUUAAAGGGGCUCCCGUGAUUAUUCUUAGAAACGCUAAAGUAGUUCCUAAGUGGCAAUAUUAGGGACUUUCAUAUGCCCCUUGAGGGAGCUACCUUUAUUAUUCUUAGAAGCGCUAGAGGGGUCCCUAAAGUGGCGACCUUAGGAGCUUUUGUUGGUCUCUUUCAAGGGACCAGCUUACCUUCCCCUAGGGGCACUAAACUUGCAAAAGUGGCCCCUAUAGGGGUUGUAGUUAGUGGCCAGUCUAAGGGAGCAUGCUAGUGGCCCUUAUAUGUCUAUUUAAAUUGUUGAACGGAAGAAAAAAAAAUUUAAAGACCACUCUAGGGACCACUUGAGCUUUAGGGAUUUAAGGGUCAAACCAUUAACUUCUAUAGAGACCACUUGAACUUGAGCCCUCAAGGCUUUUUCCUCUUUAACCACUAUAAUGACCACUCUGGCUUCCCCAAAAUCAUAAAAAAAAUUAUUCCUUUUUCCAGAGAAGUUUGGAAGAAAACGAGGCGGCGAAUCAUGCGCUUUGGGCGAAAGUCGCUGGGAUUCUGACGAGAAUCUCGGCCAAGGAUAGAAACGUCCUGAUUUUUGCAAAGUUUGUCGAGUUUUCUGCGAAAAAGUAG